UUCUCCAUGCAAAAUACUGGUUCUUUUCGCUCGCGUAUGUGUAUCACAUAUACAAAAAGAUACAGAUGCAUCGUAUGCACGAAUGCAACAGGACAAUAGUCGGGGAAGUCUCGAAGAGAACAUGUACUAGGUAUAUAAAGCCUGAGGAAACCAGACUGGAUAUCAGUCUUCAACAUGUUGCGUCCACUGCAUUUCGUGUUGCUUUUGUUGGCGAUAGCCUUUGUGGUGUCUGUGCCGGUGCCAGACCAAGUAGCCGAGAACAUACCGAGUAACAUAGAGGAGAGAGCACAAGCGAAUGAUUUAGAAGCUGACGCUAGCUAUUGGGGAUACGCAAGACCAUGGAGAUAUGGUUGGGGUGGCGGAUUGUACGGGAGAGGAUGGGGUUGGGGUGGCAGAGGCUGGGGUGGCGGAUGGUACGGAAGAGGAUGGGGUGGCAGAGGUUGGGGAUGGUGGUAAAAUCAGAUGAUUAGCAACCAUUCUGGAUCCGACGACGGAAUUUACAAUAUUAUAAUAUAUGUUUAUAAAAAGAAAUAGCAAAGCGAACGAUAUGUAUUAUUAAGAAACGUCCAUGUCUUCUUUAAUUAGAAAAUGUGAAAAGAACAACAACGAAAAAUAACUUAUAAAAAGAGAAUAAAAAUUAUGAAAGA